AUGAACAUUGGCCCUCCUCGUUUCUAUGAUUGCACGCCGCCCUCAGGAUUCCGACGACCACUACCUCCGGGCUACAUACACGACCGAUUUCCUCCAACCGCGAACGCGCUCCUGCUCUGCAUUGAGACCGCGACUACGACCAGGAUAGAGAUGCAAGAUUUGCUCGUCGUGAAUCGUCGCCGCCAUCGCCUAGCUUGGAGACCCGUGAGGAGCGUGAGCCGUCGAGUAUCUGGCAACUUUCCUGCAUUGUCGUCUUUUCUACUCCCCGGGGAUAUACCGCCCCCCCACCCGUUUGACACUCGUCCCCCAAGUGCACUUCUUUCCGGCGGCCCGGGAAGCUACAACUGGAUUCGCGGUCGCAGCCCCAGCCUGCCACGUUGUACCAACUCAGCCGUCGACGACCUCAGACCGCCGGUGAAACGAGCGAAGGACGAUGCGUACGAUGCUUCGGGAUACUAUUCCUCUGCACCGGAUGCGGUCGAUGCCGGGCGUAACUACCCGCCGCCACCGCGAUUGCGUACACCACCGCCGGGGCCUCCGGGCGCGUACUACGACGGUACCAGAGGCUAUCCCCCGUGGGGUGUGAGCCCUGCUCCUUCAGCUCGUGAUCGUGAUCGCGAUUACAUGGACGGUAGAGGCGGAUAUGCGCCCCUACGACAGGCGAGAGCCUGCAUCACUGGACAGAAUGCCUCCGCCGAGAUCACCGGCACCGUAUACCAGAGGCGGCUAAGGAAGGGAUGAGCGCCGGUAUCGUCCACCACGACCGCGAUUACUUGAGAACGCGACGAGCUAGGACAUUUGAUGUACUUCUGCUGCUGUGUCUUGCAUACUUGUUUGCGUGUGCACUGUCUAAUCAAAAAUUUGGUCGCAUAUGCGUAUUCCAUGUUUCGUUGUGCAGUGUUUUUGUCGUGGU